UUUGGCCGGGCAUCAGUUAGUUAGAAAUUCUCGUGGUGAGAACUACAUACGCAAUUUGACUCGGGGUGGACGACAGAGAGAGACACUCUGAAUUCAAUUAGCAUCUCUCUCCAAUUCUCAACUGACCCUUUCGUGUGCACGGAUCGCUCGAGUAGGCCAGCGCUCCCUUCGAAGAACUUUGCACUGCUUCUUGGAUCGGAGUCUCGAAGAGGGCCUGUUUGUGCACGAUGGCCGUCAGCAGUACGGCCCGCAGCCCCUCGUGGCUGCUGAUUGCCGCAGCAUUACCAUUUUUGUUCAUGUUCGUCCUGAAACCCGUUCGAUCAGCUCCUACCGAGAGUGAGAACUCAAAUGCUUUGGAAGUUUACGAUGAAUCUGGAUGUUACUAUAACUACCAGCACUAUGGAGAGGGCGACCGAAUCAUUACGAACGAGCCCUGCCUGAAUUGUACCUGCCACAACCGUAUGCUCAUGUGCUACCUGAAGGUUUGUCCUUUCACAAAGGCCAUCGGCCAAGACUGUACGGUCGAAAAGCGACCUGACCAGUGCUGCCCGGUCAUCACCUGCCCUGAAGUUCCAGUGCAGCUUUUGGACAACAACCCUUCUCCCAGCACCACCCUCCGCCCUGUGGCUUCCCAUUCCACUGCCCUCGGCCACCCUGACAGUUACGGCUGCUCGAUUGACAGCGAGUUCUACGCUGACGGCGCUCAGGUUCCCUCGGACAGGAACAAGCCCUGCGAGCUCUGCUACUGCAUCCGCAACCACACUGCUUGCGUCAUGCAGGAGUGCACUCUGAACGUCGAGGGUUGCAAGCCUGUCUACCAGGAGGGUGUUUGUUGUCCAGUUAGAUAUGAAUGUGAAUACCCUGAUGAAACCACCACCCUGGGAACAAUUGCUGGGUUCUUCUUUACCACCACGACCACAAUGGCCCCCAACACAAUUUGCAAGCACAAUGGCGAGGAGUACGCUGACGGCGCUCUCAUCCAAAUGGACGACAAACCCUGUGAGCACUGCUACUGCAUGAGAGGCGAAAUCGUCUGCGCCGUUCAGGAGUGCGGCACUCCACUGGAGAGGGAGGGACACAACUGCACUGCCAUGCCCAUCCAGCACGGCAAAUGCUGCCCCGAGAUGUACCAAUGUGAUUCUGGGAUUCAAUAUGUGAUGGAUACCACGAAUAGGAUGAACCGCAAACAAUAUGGUUAUACCGUUGAUGACUCCAUGCUGCCCGCCUUGUCUGAUGCUAGCACCCAACAGAGCGACGAUGUCCCUCAGCUUCCCCAGCACGAUGACCAAAUUUCUGGUGUAGCUCUCAAUGCCGACGAAGCAGAGAAGCCCGCAGACACCGCGCACACCGACGCCCCUGACCAAGUUUCUUACACCGAGUCCAAGCCUGCUAUGGAAUCCGACAGCUUUGUGCAUGACGAACAUGAAGACCAGCAGGAGGUUACCACCCUUCCUCCUUCUGACAUCGAACAAGCUGCUGACGACCACAUUCCCAGCGAGGUGCACGACGAACAAAAGCCUUCUUACGGAGAUAAGCCUGCUGACCACGAAGUUGAAAUCGAGCCUGUGCAUCAAGAUGCUGUCCAUGACGAAUUUGAUGACCUUUCUGAAAUCCACCACGAAGAGCAUGAGAGCGUAAAGCCUGCCCAGGAGGAGCACUCCGAUGAGGCUGAAAAGGAGCCCGAAGCCGAGUUUGCAAGCCCAACGGACGCUCCCAUCGUCCAAGAUCAUGUUGAGGAAAAUAAGGAGCAGGACCACAAGGAACCUGAUCAACACGUCCAAGAAGAUCACACUGAGGCUGCCGUAGAAGAGGAGAUCCAGCACGUAACUGAGCAUGUUGAAAGCGAAAAAGAUCAACCUGCUGAAAUCCAACAUGAACCUGUUGAGGAGGUUGCCCAGGAGUUCUCUACUGAGGCCAGUUUGCAAAAUGAUUUCCCACCUUCAACUGAUACACCUGCCGAAAUUGUCCACGAUUCAGUUGAAGCCCAGUACACCCCUGAGACUGCUGAGGAUGAAAAUGUUACGGAAAAAGAAGUUGUUCAAAACGAGCCUGUGCAGGAAGUUGUUGACUCUGCUGAGCCAAUCACUAAGCCUGAAGAACCGGCCCAGGAGGAACACGAAAUUCAUCAUGAGCCUGCCGAGGAAAUUGUUACUGAAGAGCCUGUCCAGCACGAGAUUGAAGGAAGUGAAAAGCCUGCUCAUCCCGAAGAGGGAAUCCAGCACGAACCAAUUGAUCAGGAAGAGAUUCUUCACGAACCUGUCGAGAAUGGCGAAAUUGAGCACGAACCUGUCCAACCUGAAGUUUCUGAGCCCAAGCCUGCAGAGCAUGAGGCGGACGAGCAAGAGAAACCCGUCGAAAGUGAAGUGAGUGACAAAACUGAGGAGCCAUCCUUUGAGGUUGUCACUGGUCCAACUUCCGCUGAUGCUGAAAUUAACCAUGACCAAAGCGAAGUUCACCACGAACCUUCAGAGGUAGCACAGGACGUCCCUGAAAUUAAUACUGAACAAACUAAGCAGCCCAGUGCCCAAGAGGAAAACGUCCUGAGUGACUUUGUUGAGACUGAUGACAAAACAGAAGAGCCGGUGAAGGAAACUGAACCUGUUAACACUGAGGCGCCUUUGCAAGAGCCUGUUGCUGAUGACCAUGCUUCAGAACACAAGCCUGAACAAGUUGAUGAUCACAGCGAAGUUCAUCAGGAUGAAGUCCAGACUAACGACGAGGUUGUGAAUGAAGAGGCUCCUGCGACUACUGUUGCUUCGGUGGCUGAUGAGGUUGGCUCUGAGAAGGAAACUGACGAGAAUGCCGUUCAGAUGGACAAUAUUCCCGUUGAAGAUAUUCCUGAGGCCGUUGAAGAGAAACACCCUGAGCCCAACCAGGACGAUUCUGCUGAUAACGCUGUAGCAUCUGAGGUGUCCACUGAGGAGCCUAAGCCAUCUAUUGAAAAUCAGGAUAUACCUCAAUCUGCUGUCGUAGAAGAACACAAACCCGAGGUUGAAAAUUUCGAGACUGCACCUCAACAUGAAAUUCCUGCUUCUGAUGAACAGGAGACUCACGAAACCGAAGAGAACGAAAAGCAUCCGGAGCAUGAAAUUACAAACGACACCGCCGAAGUUCAAACAGAACCUGAAAUAGAAGCUGAUGUUACUGAGAAGCCUGAAAACUCGCAGCCGAUUCCCCAGCAGCCUGCUGAUGACCAUGUCGAGGAGCACAUUGAGGUUGCUACUGAUGUACCUGAAAAGACUGAUGAAGAACCAGUGCACGACGUCCACGUUGACGAACCAGUUCAAGAUGUCCACGAAAAUAAGCCAGUUCAAGAUGUCCCCGUGGACGAGCCAGUAGAGACUCACGAAGAUAACUUCUCAAUUAUCGAGACCAUGACCAAGCCAACAAUGGAGUCUGAUUCGAUGGUGCAUGAAGCUGCGGCACCUCUAAAUGAAGUGGAGAGUGAGAAGCAUGAGGAGAAACAUACCACCGAGAAGGCUCCAGAGGCAAUCAGUUUAGGUGACAUCAUUGAGGAGGUCAGCAAGCUGCCUUCGGUCAUUAGUUUGACUCCUCAGCACCCAUUCCUGCAAGACAUGGAAGAGGCUGAACACCAUUAUGAAACUGACGAUGAUCACGUUGAAAGCCAGUCGGACAGCAAGGAGCCAGAAACCGAGAUUGAAGAUGUGAAGGAGACUGUUCCCAUCCACUCUGACUCUGCUCAGAGCUCCGAGGAAGUUACAGAAGCUGGAGAUGAGAUUUCAACUGAAUCUUCUGUUGAAUUUAUUAAGGACCAAAUUAUUCCUGGCGAAGGUGACUGCAGAGUUGAAAAUACUGUUUUCAAGAGCGGGGAAAAGGUGCCUGUCAGCAAUAACUGCCAGAAAGAGUGCGAAUGCAAAAACAGCAUUGUCCAUUGUCAGCUUCAGGAGUGCCCACCACCUCCAUCAAACGACCGUGACUGCAUGCCUGUGGUGCAUGAAGGAAAAUGCUGUCCUUCUUAUACUUGCGAAAAUGCACCCCAGUACGAGAUUGUGACUGAUCACCCAGCUGGGGUUGCUCUUGAUGGAUCUCAAGAGGAUGGCGAGAAUCAUGCUGAAGAGUUCGUCACAGAAGGAUUUGUCCCUCAAACUGAUGCUCCAGCACAAGCCACUCCUGACAGCAAGCCCGCUGAUUUUAUCCAGGACGAGAUCGAACAUAUCACUGAGGAGAUCCCCAAGCCAGUGAAUGGUGAACCAACUAGCCACCCUGGACAGGGCUCUCACCCUGCUCAGGUCCCACUCCUUUUCGAUGGUGUUGCUCUCGAUUCCGGUGAUGAGGAUGAAAAGCCUGUAGCGCACGAGGACAGUCCCGCUCAAGAGCCUACAUAUGACCACAUUGAUCAGCACCAUGAGGAGGAUCACGAGAUUGAAAUCGUUACUGCUCCAUCCAUCACUGAGGGACCUGAUGCUGUCGAAGCCAAUAAGCCUGCUCAACCUGAGGAGACCCCCGAAGUUCACGCUGACCAUGUCCAAAAUGUGAGCGAAGACGAAGAGGCCCAGGACUUUGCCACUAACGCUCCUAUUGCUGAGGUUUCUGACGUUAGCUCAACUCAGACACCAUUAGUUGAAAAUGCCCCUGAUGUGCAAACCGACGUUAGCUCAACUCAGACACCUGAAGUUGAAAAUGCCCCUGAUGUGCAAACCGAGGGACUUCAGUACGAUGUUCAAACUGACGUGCCAUUUAAGCCUAUCAUUACACACGAUGAACCUCAGCAACCCGAAGUGCCUGUUCACCAUGAUGAAGAACAGCAGCCACAACAGGAGACUGCUCAUCCUGAGCAUGUUGAAGAGGUUGCUCCUGCUACAGAAGCGCCAGAGGAGGAAAAGGAAGCGGAAGUGACUGUCGCACCCAUUCCUGCCGAGAUCGUCAAGCCUGAAUCUGAUGCGGUUCCCCAGGAAGUUGAGUCUCAUGAGCCCGAACAUGUUGCGGAACAGCACGUUACAUUCAAACCUGAAGCCAUUCCCGAGCAAUCUACAGAAGAAGCCGAAAAAGUUCCUGAGCCUGAGAAGGAAAAGCCUGCGGACGAAAAUGACGAAGUUCCUGAAUGGGUGAAGCCCCCCACUCCUGUUGGUGUUGGAUUCGAUGCUGAAGCUCAAUAUGAAGUACCUGAGCACCAUGCCGAUGAGGAAGUAUCUACAGAAAUACCUUUUGUUUCUGAUCCUAUUCCCGAUUUCGUUUCCGAAAUUAAGCCGGUCAAGCCUGUAGAAAGCGCAGAUCAAGUUAAGCCAGAAGAAAAGCCAGAGAAGCCGUCUGAGAUUGCGCAAGAACCAGUUGAGGAGCACCCUUCGGAAAUAGCCCACGAGCCAGUUGAACAGCACCCUUCAGAAAUUUCUCACAAACCUACUGAAGAACAACCUUUGGAAGUCGAGCAGAAGCCUGUUGUACCAGAUUCAGAAAUUGCUCAUGAGCCCAUCGAGGAGCAUCCUUCCGAAGUCGAAUAUGAGCCUGCACAGGAGCAUCCCUCUGAGGUGCACCAAGAACCAAUUGAGGUGGUCAAGGAACCUGAGCAAACUCCUGGGGAGCCAAUUGAAAACGCCCAGGAGCCUGUCACGACCGAGCAACCCGCAGAAAUUUCUCAGGAUACUGUUGAUGAACAACCUAACCAGCCUGCCGAAAAGCCUGCCGACUUUGUGCAUGAACCCGUCGAAAGCCAACCUUCUGAGGAGCCUAUUACUUCUGUGUCUGUUGAGGACAAACCAGAGCAGCCUUCUCAUGAGCCUGAGCCUGCAGAAGAAAAACCCGAACACUCGACUGAAAUCGCCCACGAGCCAGUUGAAGAGGUGGCACCUGUUCACGAGCCUGUUGAGGAAGCGGCACCUGUUCACGAACAUGCCGAAGUCACACCUGACCAUCAUUCAGAGGAACCCGCUGAAAUUCAGCAUGAGCCUAUUGAACAACAGCAGCCCGAGGUCGCACCUGAAGAGAAUCUGACAACCUUUGCACCAGAGGUACAACAAGAAACUGCAGAAGACGACAAGGGUCAAGAACCUGCUAUAACUCAUGAGGAGCACAAGCCAGUGGAUCAUAUCCCAGAAACCAUUCCUGAAGUUCAACAAGAACCAGAAGAGCACCACGAAGUCAAUGUUGAGCUUGUUCCUGAGAAGCCAGUCGAAGAGCAUGUUCCUGAAGUUCACCAGGAGCCACCUGUGGAGCACAAGCCUGAAGGUGCUGUUGAGGAGCACAAACCAUCAGACGCUGUUGAGGAGCACAAACCUGAGGAGGUCGUCGAGGAUCACAAACCCGAGCAGGCCGCCGAGGAGCACAAACCAUCAGACGCUGUUGAGGAGCACAAACCUGAGGAGGUCGUCGAGGAGCAUAAACCAUCAGACGCUGUUGAGGAGCACAAACCUGAGGAGAUUACUGAACAGCAUAAACCUGUGGAGGUUGAAGAGCAAGUUCCCGAAGUCCAUCAUGAGCAGCCCGAGCAGAAGCCUGUGGAGCAAGAACCUGAAUUACACCACGAACAGACUGAGGAGCCAGCCGAGAUCCACGAAGAACCCAAACCUGCAGUCCCUGAAGAGCCCAAACCGGUAGUCCACGAGGAGGAAACUGAGCAAGGAGUGAUUGACGAGAUGUACAAACCCGAGCACGGCCUUUCUCAGUUCCCCGAUAUGCCUGGCCUGCCCUAUGAGCCGGUUGAUGAAAUGUUUGGCUUCCCUGAGAUGGCUGCCAUGGCCGGCUUUGAUGACGAGCAAGGUUCCUUUGGUCCUGGCACUUGCAGAUACGGUGGAAAGGUGUACCUCUCCGCCCAGCAAAUUCCUCGCGAUGAUCCUUGCGACUUCUGUUUCUGCUUCCGCAGCGACAUUAUUUGCCUGCAGCAGAGCUGCCCUCCUCCCAUCAAGGACUGCCACGAGGAGGCCAUCGAUGGCUUCUGUUGCCCAAGAUACGAGUGCCCCGUCCAAAUGGCCAUGAGGAAGAACUCAACCACCACAACGACAACCACCACUGCUGCACCUCAUCUCUCACAGUACAUUUAUGAGAAGCAGAACAAUGCUGGCUGUCUGGUGCAGGGUGAGCUCUACAAAAUUGGAGAUGAAAUCACGUCCGCCUCUGGUCCUUGCCUUGAAUGCAGGUGCGGAGGUGAUAGCAAAAUGAGGUGCGAACCCAAGGAGUGCAGCCCGCAGCCGCUGAUUAGGAAAAUGAUUGAAGCUGUGAGCCUCCGAAGAUAAAAGUAAUCAGACAGUGCAAUUGCUUGACCUCACUCUGAGCUUGGACUUAAAAAGAAUCAACACUCACAAGUGUGCUAAAAUUCAUUAAGAAUAGUGCCAAAGGAUUUAAAAAAUGUAACUUAACUCCAAAAUCUAGGAAAAAUAAUUAGGGAUCACAAUCAAUUCUCAAAAUCGCACAAGUGAUGUACACCUUUUUGCUCCUCUCGACACAUUCAAGUGUGAUGCUUUGAACUUUGUGCCAGUUCUACUACAGAACGCAAUAAUUAUGUCAAAUGAAAUGGAAAAACAGUAAUUAUUUAAUGUCAAUUAUUAACACGAAUUGCUUGACUGACAAAUGAUAUGAAGCAAAUGACUCAUUGGGAAAGAAAAAAAACAGUGUUCAAGUAGGCGCUUGGCUCCUAAACACUUCAGCAAGAUUUUCUUUGGGCACAAUUUCUUAUUUAAUUAUUAGUGGUGUUGUUAUUUCCAGUGUAAAAAUCUUUCAGGGGAAUGUACUAACAAAUACCCAAAUUUUAUAAUUGAAUGAGACAUUUCGGAAGGCUUGUGCCCUCGCAAAACUAGCCGGUCCCUUGCCAACCGACACAGCAAGUCGAAACUAAUCAAGGAAGACUUCUGUGGUCUCAAAAUGAGCAUCGAGAGAACCUGAGGACUUGUUUGACAAAUAGAAACAAGCAUGAAAUUUUUCAUCUCUACAGUUCGGACAUUGAUUUCUGUUUCUUGAACACUCAGGUUGUGAAUACAAGUUAGUCGCAUCCAACAUUUUUUUGUACCAUAUUUCCAUUAGACUCUCUAGCGUAAAAUUUUACAUUGAUGUUGGUCGACUACGCGUCUUGAGCCUAUUUAGGUAUUAGUGUAAGUGAAUCGAAAUUUGUUGGUAUGCCACACAACCUAGCCUUUGUACCAAUUAAUAUAAUUUGUUCAAAAAUGACCAGGUUAGGAUACAUUCAAAUUAAAUUAUGUUUGUUUAUUUAAGCUGUUAAAUAAACUGUAAAAUAAAAACAAAGCAUUUUAU